CAGCGGUCCACUGGCCAGACAAGCCAGUGGACCAGGACUAAACCAUGAAGACAGCGGUCCUAUGGGGCCUGCUGGCCCUGUUGUGUCAGCUCAGACUGGGGGCCCGGGGCCAUGCGCUGCCCAGACCGUACUCUACCACAGGGGACCUAGCCCAGCUCAAGUCUCUAUUGGAGCGUUUGGAGGAGUCGCUGGCCGGUGGGGCCCCAGAAGACAACACCCUGGUGGAGGAGGCGGAGUACGACGGGGCCGACCAGGGGCCAGACAGGGCCCUGGUCGGCCCAGAGAGGCCCCAGGAGCCCGCUGCGGGGGGCUACGGUCGGACGGCGACCCUGAGGAGCCGACUGCAGGACCUGCUCAUGGCCACUAGGAGCCGGACGUCGGCCUGCUUCGGGGGCCGGAUGGACCGCGUUGGGAACAGCAGCGGCCUCGGGUGCAACAACGGGAGAGGCUGAAUGAUUGAGAGGUGCAUCAGAGAACGUUUUCACUGUCUCUAUGAUCUUCACUCUCUUUAUCUAGAAGUUGGCAACCCUCUGCUCUGACAACACUUCGAUGAUAUCAUGUAGUAAAUGCGACUGAAAUCACAUUUCAAAACACAGGUUUUCAGGAAUAUGCUUUUAAAUAAGUUUGGGUCAUCUUUUCCAUUUGCAAUUGUUCAAAGUAAACUGAAUGUAAAACAGUGUUUUUUUCUGAAUAAUCUGUGUGGUUUGGACAUUUGGCUGUACAUUUGAAUAUAAAAUAAAUACAAAGGAUCUCGGAAUCAUUCUUUCGGCUCACCUCUGUAGAUAGUCAAAUUUGAUAGCUGUAAAUAUCCAAAACAUGGAUCAACCACAAGCAAUAAGAAACACCUGUUCAAUUCACGUCAAUCCUGAAGCAAGACACAACAGUGGUAUUAUCUCAAUGUCAGAAAUAGACCCGUUCUAUUAAUACCCAACAAGUGACCAGUUCAUGGUGUGAAAAAUGCUUUGCAGACAGCAGUGUGGACAUUAAUGGGGUGGGGGUAUAAUGACUCCUGGCAGCCAUCACAGCUGAGGUGUCACCAUACUUUAGCGCCAUAUGAGAGCCAGCAGAGCUCCGCUGUCAGGUCCUAUUACCUCUACACUCAUUCAGACUCUACCCACCAUUUUAACCCUCCACCCAGACACAGCCAACUGGGAGAGAUCAGACCGGCUGCGCUUUUAUUUUGUAGACACCUGAACCAAGCAGACCGUUCAGAACACGCUUUUAUUUUAACAUUACAGUCCAGACUGGAUGUGAACUUAUUUUGUACAAACCUGAACUGUACAGAGCUUUGGAGGUGUGCUUUUAAUUUGUGGGAAUCUGACCACCAUACCGUUUAUUUAUAGUUCAGUUAUUUAAUAAUUACUUUUAUCCAAAGAAGUGAAAAAGGUGACAGGUGCCUGAUGCAGAGGGCUCAGGGUUUAAAUGUGUGUUCCACCCUGGGUGAAGAUUAGCCUGAUUAGCAGCCAGGCUGGCUGCUCUCCCAGCAUCAGCAUAAUGUGGAAAACAGUUAGCUGGAACAGACCUCGCAGCACCUGAUUGAGCGUGUUCAGAGAAUAUGUAUACUACAUGUUAACUAACAACUCAGUAUUGCAUUAGUACAUUGAUGUUAUAUGUUCACAUGCUGCUAUUUUAAGGGCAGUUUUAUAAAUGUAAUUUUUAAUUCAAGAAUAAAAACAUUUCUCAGGGCACCAUAGUCUUUG